CGCGUCUUCAGGCCCUCCACGAGCCGGUCCUCCACGAUGGCGGCCCCGCGGUCGAAGAAGCCCUCCACCAUGGAGAAGAAGUUCGGAUCAUCGCUGCUGUCCGCGGCCUGGCUGUAGGCGCGCGUGCCGCAGAGAGAGGCCCACGGGCCGGAGAGAGAAGCCCGGGGGAGCAGAGAGCCGAAGCACCGUCUCUCUGCGGUCGGUAUGUCUGACCGUCAGAAGAUCCACGUGUUCCUGGGGGCUCCUCCGACGACCCGCGGCCCAGCAUCAGGGCCUCCAGCUGGGGGAGAGGAGGAGCGGAGACCCCCUGCUGACUGGAGACCCCCUGCUGAAUGGAGACCCCCUGCUGACUGGAGACCCCCUGCUGACUGGAGGCCCCCUGCUGACUGGAGGCCCCCUGCUGACUGGAGACCCCCUGCUGACUGGAGACACCUGGAGCUCCGCUGGCAGGACGGACACCUGAAGGCAGCACCAGACGUGACAGGAAGUCGUCUGCCUGAGGAAGCGAUCGUCCCGGAGAGCGAAGAACCUUUUACUUUACGGAGCGAUGAGACGGAUCAGGAACACAGGAAGCCUGAAUCUGAUUGGACGACAGAGGAAGACCCCCGACAGGAAGUCCAGUGUUCGGCUUCGGUUCUGGAGUAUCUGGACAGCUGUUUCUCUGCACACCGCUCCCCCCGGACUCCUCUCUCCACACACACUCACUUCCUGUCCACCUGGACGCUCAGUCAGGCCUUAAUCCUGAAAGGCAGGCACGCCGUCCAAUCAGCAUUCAGCCCUGAGAGAACUCUGCCUCCUCAAGCCCCGUCUGAAAAUGUGUCACUUCAAGCUCCGCCUCUUCAAACCCUAGCCCCUCAAAUACUGCCUCCUCAAACUCCGCCUCGUCAAACCCCGUCUACUCAAACUUUGUCACCUCAAGCUCCGCCUCUUCAGACCCUAUCCCGUGAAAUACGCCAUUCCCAAGCCCCGCCUCCUCAACGUUUUCCUCCUCAAACCCCGCCCCUUCAAACCCCACCUCCGCAAACCCCGCCUCCUCAACUUCUGCCCCCUCAAAUACCCCAUUCACAAACUCCGCCUCCUCUAUCUCAAGCCCCGCCUCUUCAAACCCCGCCUCCUCAAGCCACGCCUCCCUCGAUGUCCUCCAGCACCCCGGAGCUCUUCAGCCCUUUGAGUUUGUCUCCUUUAGCGUCUUCCCUGGAGCUCUUUAGCGCCCCCUGCUGGACGGAGGGUGGUGUAGUGGUUGAGGUAACCCCCGACGGCGUGCUGAUGUCCCAGAAUGCCGAGCGGCGAGACUCCCCCUCCAAAUCCCCGGACAAAAAGAGAGCUCGGAUCUCAGAAACCCCCAAAUCCCGAGGCGGUCCCACCCUCCUGAACGAGUGUGCCCUUCAGGGGGGUCGCUACUCGGUACUGGUGGCCGUGGUGCACCCCUCCCACCUGAAGGAGAUCAAGGUGGGUGGAGCCGUGAGGUCGGGGUCCUGCGUUCCUCUGGCCUCCAUCGUGGUGACGGACCAAUCAGGAGUGGAGAUGAAGGUGGUGCUGUGGAGGCGGGCGGCUUUCUGGGCGCUGACCGUCACCCCGGGAGAAAUCCUGCUCAUCACAGCUCUGCAGGUGAACGAGGACAAGUGGAGAGGAGAGACGGUGCUGCAGUCCACCUUCAGCAGCAAACUGCUCAACAUGGGAAACAUCGCUGACUCCGCCUCCCCGACAGUUCCUCAGCAGGUGAGUUCUGGCUCGCUCCUCUCUCUCUGCAGCUACCUGCGGGAGCGACGCCCCCUUCUGGUGUCUCAGAGGCUCCACCCCCCUCAGGACCCGAGGCUCCGCCCCCCUCAGGACCCGAGACUCCUACCCUACGCCAACCCUGAGGGUCACCUGAGGGUCAACACGCUGGUGCACGCCCUGCUGCGCGUCACACACACACACACACACACACACACACACACACACACACACACAUGUGCACGUGUGGAUCCUUCAGUGUGCACGUGUGGAUCCUUCAGUGUGCACGUGUGGAUCCUUCAGUGUGUGGUCAUGUGUGUGGAUCCUUCAGUGUGCACGUGUGGAUCCUUCAGUGUGCACGUGUGGAUCCUUCUGUGUGCACGUGUGGAUCCUUCAGUGUGCACGUGUGGAUCCUUCAGUGUGCACGUGUGGAUCCUUCAGUGUGCACGUGUGGAUCCUUCAGUGUGCACGUGUGGAUCCUUCAGUGUGCACGUGUGGAUCCUUCAGUGUGCACGUGUGGAUCCUUCAGUGUGCACGUGUGGAUCCUUCAGUGUGCACGUGUGGAUCCUUCAGUGUGCACCGUGGCGCAGCGAGGCUCAGUCCUGCCUCCGGUCAGCUCUGCAGCAGCAGGGGGUGCUGAGGGUGCAGCAGCAUGACGCCCAGCAGGGGGCGCUGCUGCUGCUGUGGGGAACAGCUGUGGACUGGCUGCCGCGCUUCAGAGACAAAGCGGCGGUCUGGGACUUCCAGGCCCUCCUGGUGAGGGACAGUUUGACCUCUGACCUCCUGGAGCUGCACUCGACCCCCUGGAGCUCCGUCCGGCCUCUCGACCAAUCAGAUCCCCGUCUGAAGGCUUUCCUGCAGAAACCAGAGCUCCCAGCAGGGGGUCUGGAGCUGGACCUGGACACCCUGCUGUCCCAGAAGUACAGCGGUGAGGUGGAGCUCAGAGUGCAGAUCGUCAGCUUCCACUUCCUGGUCUCCUCCCCCUCCCAGAAUGCACCUGGGCGCGUGGACAGCUGCUCGUCGCUGCAGGACGUGGUCGCGGCGCUGAGUGAUGACGUCACGUUCACCGGAUGCUAUCGCUGCGCCGCGGAGCUUCAGAGCGAUGCUAACGGCAUCUACAGACCCUGCUACUCCUGCCUGCCAAUCACAGCUGUCCGACGCUACUACAGGCCAGGUGUUCUCACAGUGAGGGGGCGGGGCUCCUCUCAGGUGUGUGUUCAGGUUCCACCUGUUCCUCUGCAGAAGAUCCUGGAGGCUCCGCCUGACAAACUGCACAGGAACUCAGCUCCGGGGUCGGAGGUGAAGUUUGUUGCUCUGGCGGCUCAGAAGCUCCAGAGCCUCGUCAUCCUCCCGAGGAAAACAUUCAUCCUCAGUGUGCGCAGCCACUUCCUGUGCGACGAGAACAGCGUCCCCCUCCACCAGGACCUCACUCUGCUGGACCUGCAGUUCCCAGGCUCACCAUGAGAGGCACCACGUCCUGUUCCUGUGGUGGUCCCUGAAGGCAGCAUCUCUCUGGUCCAAUGGGAUUUCUCCGGGUGAUUUUGGAUUAUCACCUUGUUGGACAUUUUGAUAUUUUUGCAUUUUUUAUGUCAUAACUUUGUUGAAUAAAAAGUAAAAAUAAAGUUUCCUUAGUGUCUAU